AUGGGUUUAAUGAAGCCACUUAAUAAAGCGGCUCCCAGCCCCCAUGUGAGCCACAAGCUCGUGCUGCUUCUUGUUYGCCGCGUGCUGAUCCUGGCUGAUUCCUGUGGCACAAAUGGGCACACGGGGACUCAAGAGCUGGUGCGGGCGCUGAGCCGCGCGGAUGAGGCGCUGGCCGUGCCUGCUGCUGCCCCGACAGCGCCCGGCACCUUCCAGCGCUCCGCCAAGGCGGCGUGGCGGCUGCCCGGGCGCUACGUGGUGGUGCUGCGGGCUGGCAGCGGCGCGGCGCAGCUGGACGGCACCGUGCGGCGGCUGCAGGCCCGCGCCGCCCGCCGCGGCUACCUCACCGAGGUGCUGCACGUCUUCCGCCACCUGCUCCCCGCCUUCGUGGUGAAGAUGAGCAGCGACGUGCUGGACACGGCGCUGAAGCUGCCACACGUGGAGUACGUUGAGGAGGACUCGUACGUGUUUGCCCAGAGCAUCCCCUGGAACCUGGGCAGGAUUGUGCCGGCGCCGGCUGAGGCCGGCGCCUACAGCCCUCCCAAUAAGGGGGAGCUGGUGGAGAUCUACCURCUGGACACGGGCGUGCAGAGCACCCACCGGGAGAUCGAGGGCAGGGUGCUGGUGACCGACUUCGAGAGCAUCCCCGAGGAGGACGGCACCCGUUUCCACCGGCAGGCCAGCAAGUGUGACAGCCACGGCACCCACAUGGCCGGGGUGGUGAGCGGGCGCGACGCCGGCGUGGCCAAGGGCGCCAACGUCCGCAGCCUCCGGGUGCUCAACUGCCAGGGCAAGGGCACCGUCAGCGGGGCCCUCCUCGGCCUGGAGUUCAUCAACGCCUCGCUGGAGGCCCGGCCGUCUGUGCCGCCCGUCGCCCUGCUGCCCUUUGCUGGYGCCUACAGCCGCGUCCUCAACGCCGGCUGCCGGCGCCUGGCCGAGGCUGGGCUCGUGCUCAUCGCCGCCGCUGGCAACUACAAGGAUGACGCCUGCCUCUACUCGCCGGCAUCGGAGCCGGAGGUGAUCACGGUGGGCGCGACCAACAGCCAGGACCAGCCGGUCUCCAUGGGCUCCCUGGGCACCAACUUCGGCCGCUGCGUGGACGUCUUCGCCCCAGGCGACGACAUCAUYGGCGCCUCCAGCGACUGCAGCACCUGCUUCACCUCGCAGAGCGGCACCUCGCAGGCGGCCGCCCACGUGGCAGGCAUCACCGCCGUGGUGCUGAGCGCCGCGCCAGCGCUGAGCCCGGCYGAGCUGCGCCAGCGCCUGCUGCGCUUCGCCGCCAAGGCCGCGGUGGAUGCGGCAGCGCUGCCGGCCGAGCAGCGGCUCCUCACGCCCGCCGCCGUGGCCCGCCUGCCGCCAGCGCCGCUGCCAGAGGAGCGCCUGUCCUGCCGCUCCGUGUGGUCGGCGCGCUCCGGCGGCUCCCGGCACRCUGCUGCCCGCUGCGCCCACCACGAGGAGAUGUUCAGCUGCUCCAGCCUGGCCGCCGCCGGUGGCCGCCGCCUGGGUGAGCGCGUCGAGGAGAAGGACGGCGUGAAGGAGUGCGUGGCCCGCAGCGCCUUUGGUGGCGGGGACGUCUAUGCCGUGGCCAGGUGCUGCACUCGGCCCCCGGGCGGCUGCYGGGUCCACGCCAGCCACGGGGAGGCGGUGGGGUGCUCCACGCAGGACCACGUGCUCACUGGCUGCAGCUUCCACUCGGGCACCGCGGCAGCGUUGGAUGAUGGCGGCCGCCCCGUCCCAGGAACAGGCAACAGGACCCACCGCUGCGCUGGAGGGACGGCCACCACCACCACACACGCGUUGUGCUGCCCUGCCGCCRGCCUCGAGUGCCGCGUGAAGGAGCAGGCGCCGCUGGGCUCUGCAGACAAGGUGACGGUGUCCUGCGACGAGGGCUGGACGCUGACGGGCUGCAACGCUCACGCGGCAGGUGCUGCUGUGCUGGGCGCCUAUGCCGUGGACGACACCUGCGUGGCGGCCGGCGGCCCCGGCGCCCGAGCGCCCGCGGCCGUGGCCGUCUGCUGCCGGAGCYGGCGCUAG